CAACUUGAAGUUAAUACUCCAUGUACUAUUAAUGAUCUACCUUGCUUUCCGACAUUUACACAAAAUAUUUCUUGUAUAUACCCGCACAAACUUUCCAUCCCUUUGAAAUCCCAAAUUUCCAACUUUACCGCCAUGAAAACGGACACACUCACCUCAUCAUCUCCCCUCCAACCUACCAUCUCCCACCCAUAAACCCUUAAACCCCAUCAAAUGAACCUCUCAAAUCAACGUCUCAGAUUCUCCCAUCUCAUCCUCCGAAAAAUUCGCUCAUUCCACUCAACCCCAGCUCUCAAUUGGAAGCCCCGAGACGAAUACAAAUUGAGUCAAGUUGAGCUAGCUGACCGAAUUUGUCGGCUCCUCACUCUCCACCGAUACAAUAGUAUUCACAAGCUCAACUUUGAGUUUUCAGAUAGUCUGUUGAAUUCCGUGUUGGGAUCACUCAAAUUGAACCCCGGGCCGUGCCUUUACUUCUUCGAUUAUGCGAUGAAGCAGAAGAAUUACCGGCCCGGGGUUCGUUGUUAUUGCAAAUUGGUGCAUAUUUUAGCGAGAGGGAAAAUGUAUGAUGAGACAAGAAGUUAUUUGGAUCGGUUGGUCUCAGAAAAUUGCGGCGGUGAGGGUUUUGGUUUGACAAUUUGGAGGGGAUUGGUGGUUGUGUAUCGAGAAUUCGGGUUUUCGGGGGCGGUGUUUGAGAUGAUUAUGAGGGUUUAUGUGGAAAAGGGGUUUUUGAGGGAUGCACUCUAUGUGUUUGAUAAUAUGGGUAAGUGUGGGCGUGUACCGAGUUUGCGGUGUUGUAAUGGGUUGUUAGGGAGGUUGGUUAGGGAGAAGGAGUAUGGGACGGUGUUUUGUGUGUUUGAUCAGAUGAGGAGAGUGGGGGUUGUUCCGGAUGUGUAUACGUGCACGAUUAUGGUGAAUGCAUAUUGUAGGGAUGGGAGGGUUGAGAGGGGUGUCGAGUUUUUGAGAGAGAUGGAGGAGUUGGGAUUGGAGAUGAAUGUGUGGACGUAUCAUGGGUUGAUUAAUGGGUAUGUUGGGAGUGGGGAUGUGGAAGGGGCGGAAGGGGUUGUUUUGAUGAUGAGGGAGAGGGGGAUAGGGAAGAAUGUGGUUACGGAUACAUUGAUUGUUAAGGGUUAUUGCAGAGCUGGGAAGUUGGAAGAAGCGGAGAGAGUGUUGUGUGGGAUGGUGGAGGACGGUGAGUUGGUUAUGGACGAGCAUGCCUUUGGUGUGUUGAUUGAUGCAUUUUGUAGAGUUGGUAGAAUGGAUGAUGCAGUUAGGGUUCAGGAUGAGAUGUUAAAAUACGGGCUGAAGACAAAUAUUUUUAUCUGCAACUCUUUGAUCAGUGGGUAUUGUAAGCUUGGUCAAAUUCGCACAGCUGAGGGGGUUUUUAGGAGUAUGGCAAAAUGGAACAUAAAGCCAGAUUUGUACAGCUACAAUACCUUGCUAGAUGGGUACUGCAGGGGAGGUCAGACAAAAGAGGCUUUCAAGUUCUGUGAAAAGAUGCUAUCUGUUGGCAUAGAACCGAUUGUUAUAACUUAUAACACUCUUCUGAAAGGUUUGUGUCGAGAUGGUGCACUUGAAGAUGCUUUGAACCUCUGGUCUUUGAUGCUGAAAAGAGGGGUGGCACCUGACAUCGUGGGAUACAGCACUUUGCUUGACGGGCUUUUUAAGGCAGGGGACUAUGUGAAAGCUUUAGAGCUGUGGAAACAUAUAUUAGCUAGAGGAUGUACAAGGAGUACUUAUGCUUUCAACAUAAUGCUUAAUGGUUUAUGUAAGAUGGGGAAAAUGGUCGAAGCAGAGCAGAUUUUUCAAAACAUGCAGGAUUUAGGUUGUUCACCUGACGGCAUUACGUACAGGACCCUUGCUGAUGGCUAUUGUAAAUUCGGGGAUGUCGAAAAAGCACUUAAUGUUAAGGAUGUAAUGGAAAGAAAGGAUAUUCUUGCUUCAAUAGAAAUUUUCAAUUCACUCAUAACUGGACUUUUCAAAAUAAAGAAGCUGAGUAGAGUAACAGAUUUACUUGUUGAGAUGAAUUGCAAGGGCUUGAACCCAAAUAUUAUAACUUACGGUGCACUGAUUGCUGGGUGGUGCAGGGCUGGUUUGCUUGAUAAAGCAUUUAAUACAUACUUUGAGAUGACCGAAAAGGGUUUGGCUCCUAAUUUAAUUAUAUGUAGCGCACUUGUUAGCGGGCUAUAUAGGCUUGACCGGGCUGAUGAAGCAAAUUUGUUGCUGCAGAAGAUGAUGGAUUUUGAUCUUGUUGAAGCCCAUAGCUUUUUUGGCAUAUUAACCAAGUCAGACACGAAGAAAUUAGAUGUUCACAGAAUUGCAAGUUCCUUGGAUAUGAGUGCUGACUUUUCUCCUCUGCCCAACAACGUUGUGUAUAAUGUAGCCCUUGCAGCCUUGUGCAAAUUUGGAAAGGUUGAUGACACAAAAGCAUUUUUAGUUACUUUGUCACGGAGAGGGUUUGUUCUUGACGAGUUCUCCUACUGUACCCUAAUCCAUGGUUUUUCAGCUGCUGGUAAUGUUAGUGAAGCUUUUAAAUUACGGGAUGAGAUGCUAAACAGGGGUGUUAUUCCAAACAUUGCUACUUACAACGCUCUUAUAAACGGACUCUGCAAAUCUGGAAACAUUGAUCGAGCUCUCAAGCUUUUUCAUAAACUCCGGUUAAAAGGUGUAGCUCCCAACAUCAUCACUUUUAAUACAUUAAUUCAUGAAUAUUGUCGGACUGGUUGUACUAGUGAAGCCCUUAAAAUGAAAGACGAAAUGAUAGAAAAAGGGAUUUUGCCUUCUACAAGUACCUACUCUGCUUUAAUAAAUGGUCUUCGUAAGCAAGGUAAUACUGAAGAAGCACUGAAGCUUUUGGAUCAUACGAUGAAAGAAAAUACAGACCCUCAUAUCAAGACUUACUGUUCAAUGGCUCAACGUAAUAUUAGUUGCGGUGAUGCGCAAAAGAUUUCUGAACUUCACGACAUUAUACAUGUCAAGAGUCUCUCUUCUGCUGUUUCUUCUUACGAGCCAGUUAAAUCACCUGAAAUCUUAAGGCAUGAAGAAGCUUCUGAUGCAUGGAAUCUGUCAGACGCUGCAUAUUCAUUAGGCUAGUGACCGAAAACACUGGUAAAACAAUGCUUUAUUUGACAAGUAUUUCCAUACUGGAAUAUUAUUGGGGCUACUGAGAUAUCCAGUUUUUUUGUUGGAGGUUUCAGUCUCUUGCUAUGAUAAGAUAUACGGGUAAUAUUGGUGCCAACCAUACAAAGGCACUGACGAACUGUUGGACAAAUUCUGUUUUGUCUCUUUAUGUCAUCUCAUCUGGUUCCUUUGCGGAUGAAGUGAAUUUUUAAUUCAUACUCUGAGGCCUGUGGAUUACUGUUGUAAAGAUAAGCUUUUUCAACUUAAACAGGGAGGUAGUUCACUUCAAAGUGCUCUCACUUAAAGAUUCAGCGACACACUUUGAAUGGUCAGCAAAACAGCAUGCAAUUGCGGAUCUUUCAGAGAAAGAGGAGAGAAGUGCAUCUUCAACAGACAAGCGCUGCCGAUGAGGCUAUGUCAAAGAUUUUAGGGCUUCAGAGGGAGAAUGCAGUUCCUGAGAUGGAGACCCGCCAAUGCAAACUCUUUGCAGAGGAGAGGUUGGUUCAUGUUGGUCAUGAGAUUGUUGUGUUGGAGGGUAUGCUGUAUAAGAGAAACACCAUACAAUUGUUUGUGAGGUUCAGGCAUAUAAACCUAACAUGAUAAGUUAUGGUCUUACAUUGGCCAAGUUACUUGUAGAAAAUGGCAGUAUCAUCCGGAAUAACAGCCUUGCAGAAAAUUGAGAUGUAGUUGAUGUGGAGAAGUAUGCAUUCUGCAAGACGCCAUGGUCUCGGGACUGUAGAAACUUUUGGAGAAUAGGAUCCAUCAGUUAGACGAGGGUCCAAAACAAAGUCAGCCUAAUGUAAAUUAUUUAUUUAUUUUUUGACUGAGACCAUGCUUUAAAAGGUGAUAGUUGGCCAUUCUCCAAGGAUUUAUAAACACUUUGAAGGUUUUCUACUGGCAGCUCAAAGCUUAUUUUGAAACGGUUAGAGAGACAGGUUUUAAUGUUGCUAACUAAUCCUCAUAUUUAGAGGAAUUCUCUAAUUUAAAUAGGUGGACAAUGCAUCAAAAUUUGGAGAUUGACAUGAGUGGUAAAGUAUACACCAUGGAUCCAGUUCAUAAUGUGGUGUCCUCCAUAGACGUUACUGAUCCAAAGGCUUUAUUGGACUAUUUUACGACUAUACAACUACAUCAAGGGAGUCACUGCAUACAGCAGAUGCGGUGGACCCUGAUUUUAAAAAGCUUUACUUGAGUCUUGAUGCACAGAAAGCCAGCAGAGAUGCUAUGAGCCAGGCACUCAUAUUUAUGCGGACGGAUAGGGCACCGCUUGUUUUAAUCAAGAAGAUAGCUGAUAACUCAACUUUGUAAUGUCACCUGAAAAAGUGGAGUUGAGAAAGUUAGCAUUUGAUGGAAGCUUCUAUCUCGUUCGUUUCUAUAUUCAAGUGGAUUUCGUCAUUUUUCUUGUGGGAAAAAAAAGGCGGCAUAUUUGUGGAAAGUCACCAAAACUUUGGGUUUUUCUAUUGCUUCUAGACAAAGGUUUUGUGUAGGUAAGUGGAUUACAGAGAUGCUAUGAGCCAGGCACUCAUAUUUAUGCGGAUGGAUAGGGCACCGCUGGUUUUAACUAAGAAGAUAGCAGAUAGCUCAACUUUGUAAUGCCACCUGAAAGAGUGGAGGUGAGGAAGUCAGCAAUUGACGGAAGCUUCUCUCUCGUUCAUGUCUAAAUUCAAGUUGAUUUUGUCUCCUUUUUUUUUUGGAAAAGGAAACAGGCAUAUUUGCGGAAAGUCACCCAAACUGUAAGGAUUGCUAGUGCUUCUAGACAAGGGACCUUGUGUAGGGAAACGGAAAUAUCUCUCAAGUGAUUCCUUGGAAAAUUGGCUUGUUGAGUUGGUGUACAGAUGGCUUAGGUUGUGUUCACUUGGAUGAAAUGGAACGGGGAGAGAAUGAAAAAAGAAUUGGCUUGUUGGUGUAAAGAUCACUUUUCAUUCCAUUCUCCUCCAUUCCAUUCCAACCAAGCGAAGACAAAUGGAGGAGAUCUACUUGAUGCUUAUCAUGCUGCAGCGACUUAAAGAAAAAUGUAUAUCCUUGGGGUGUAUUGAGUGAGCAUAUACUACAGAAAUCUGUUGCUGCAGCAAAAUCACAUUGUGCUCUGCUCUGGGUUAGUCACUCGAAGUGUUUUAGUUAUAUGGAGUAAGAUUCCCGAUGUAAUUGUCACUGACCCCAUCACACUUUAGACUUUUGAAUCAGGAUUUGAAAGCUUUUCCUGACCGCUAACUUGUUUCUUAACUAUUUUCCUUCUUCCAGAAUCACUUGGGGGACAUUUUCAUACAUUCUGGAGAAAUUCAAGGACUCCAGUGCAGUCGACCUCUACGGUAUCCAAGCCCUAGGAUGAAGCCAAGGGUAUUGCUUAGUAUUCUUUCUCUGCCUCGAAGUCACGAAUACUGUCCACAAAUCUCAGCCAUAGAAACUGAUGAUUGGAAGCACGAGAAACACAUUUUUUUCGGUUUACAUUCCUUAGUUUCAAAUUUCGUUUUCAUUUGUUGUUUUCUGGGGACUAGCUGCAUAUGCACUGUCAUGAGACAUGUCUCCAACAUCUGACGCUUGUCCUCAAGUUUCAGAGCAUCAAUUUACCUUCAGAACAUGGGUUUUCUAUUAUUAAUACAAGCAAACUGUUUGGCGUCA